AUGCCCGCUAAUUGUUCAUGCACGUUGAUCACUGGCCUUCAUAAUGUUAUUGUUGAUACUAUGACAGCUUGGGACUCUGAAAAAGUUUUAGUUGCUUUACAAAAACAUAACCUUGUUCCUGAUGACAUACACUAUGUCAUUUCAACUCAUGGCCAUUCUGAUCAUAUAGGAAAUAAUAAUCUGUUCCUGAAAGCAAAACAUAUAGUUGGCUUCAGUAUAUCUCAUAAAGAUAAUUACUUUAUGUUUCCAUUUGAUAAAGGGGAGGAAUACAUAAUUAACGACACAGUAAAAGUAAUUCCCACGCCAGGUCAUACAUUAUCCGAUGUCACUAUUCUGGUUACAUCUAAAAAUAAAGAACAAAUUGCUAUAACAGGUGACUUAUUUGAAAAAUAUGAAGAUAUAGAAGAUUCAAAUAUAUGGUUAGAAGCAGGAAGUGAAAAUCAAAGUAUGCAAUUUAGAAAUAGGUCAAAAAUUGCAGAUAUUGCAGACUGGAUCAUACCUGGACAUGGCCCGAUAUUUAAAGUUUCAAAAGAAUCAAGAGAAACUCUACAGAAUCAAUUCCACGAAAAUCUAUUAAGAAUAAAUAGCAUUUGA